AUGAUCUCUGGUCUUUUGUCACGAUCAUCGGUCGGCCCGGCUAGGGCUUUCCAGGCCUCGACGCUUCCUCGCGUUGUUUCGACGCUCCCGCGUGUUCACAGCCGCGGUCUCGCCACCGGCGCCGACCCAUACGAUGUUGUCGUUAUCGGAGGUGGCCCCGGUGGCUACGUAGCCGCCAUCAAGGCGGCUCAGCUCGGUCUCAAGACCGCCUGUGUUGAGAAGCGUGGCGCUCUCGGAGGCACCUGUCUCAACGUUGGCUGCAUUCCUUCCAAGGCUAUGCUCAACAACUCACACCUCUACCACCAGGCUCAGCACGACUUCAAGAGCCGCGGCAUUGAUGUCGGCAGUAUCUCGCUCAACCUCGAGACCAUGCUCAAGGCCAAGUCGAGCGCCGUCACUGGCCUCACCAAGGGUAUUGAGGGUCUGUUCAAGAAGAACAAGGUCGACUACCUCAAAGGUGCCGGUAGCUUCAGCAGCCCCACCACCAUCAAGGUCGCUCUCAACGAUGGCGGUGAGACCGAGAUUGAGGCCAAGAACAUCAUCAUCGCUACCGGUUCCGAGGUCACCCCCUUCCCCGGUAUCGAGAUCGACGAGAAGCAGAUCGUCUCGUCCACCGGCGCGCUCGAGCUGCAAAAGGUGCCCGAGAAGAUGAUUGUCAUCGGUGCCGGUGUCAUCGGUCUCGAAAUGGGCAGUGUAUGGAGCCGACUCGGUGCCAAGGUUGAGGUAGUCGAGUUCCUCUCGACCGUCGGCGGUGCCGGUAUCGACGGCGAGAUUGCCAAGAACUUCAAGAAGACGCUUGAGAAGCAGGGUCUCAAGUUCCGAUUGGGCACCAAAGUCAUUGACGCUGAGAAGAAGGACGGCAAGGUCUACCUCAACGUCGAGGAUGCCAAGAGUGGUGACAAGACGCAGCUCGACGCCGAUGUGGUUCUGGUUGCCAUUGGCCGACGCCCCGUGACCAGCGGCCUCAAUCUGGAAGCUGUUGGAAUCGAGAAGGACGAGCGUGGACGCAUUAUUGUCGACGACCAGUACAACACCACCUGCAAGGGGGUCAAAUGUAUCGGCGACGCCACCUUCGGACCCAUGCUUGCGCACAAGGCCGAGGAGGAGGGUAUCGCGGCCGUCGAGAUAAUCAAGUCGGGCCACGGCCAUGUCAACUACGCCGCCAUUCCUGCGGUCGUCUACACGCACCCCGAGGUAGCUUGGGUUGGUAAGAACGAGGAGGAGCUUAAAAAGGAGGGCGUCGAGUACAAGGUGGGCAAAUUCCCCUUCCUUGCCAACUCGCGUGCCAAAACCAACGCCGACUCGGACGGAACGGUCAAGUUCCUCGUCGAGAAGGAGACUGACAAAGUGCUAGGUGUGCACAUCAUUGGCCCCAAUGCCGGUGAGAUGAUCGCCUCGGCGGUACUUGCCAUCGAGUACCAGGCAUCGGCAGAGGACAUUGCUCGAACUUGCCACGCUCACCCUACGCUUUCGGAAGCCUUCAAGGAGGCUGCCAUGGCCUCAUACUCCAAGGCCAUCCACUUCUGA